UUUCAGUAGGUUGAAAAAUUAAAGAAGUAUGUCUUGUUCCCACAUUUUUUGCACCAGCCCAGUGAGUUAUUAUUGAUAUGAGCACAAGCUUCCCAUCUGCAUGAAUUGUAAGCACGAUCAUCAUUAUAUUUGCAAGAUUAAGUGUAUUCACUCUAAGGAAUCACUUAAGUUUCAGCUUCAUAAGCUAUAUGAACUUUUGGAAAAUCUUGAAUCUCAUUCAAGAUACCUCGUUAUGAGUGACAGUGUCUUUGAAGGCCAACAAAUGAUAAGCCACUUCAAAGUGGAGUUAAUCGAGAUUAAGGCCAGGAUGGCUGAGUCGAUCAAGAAGGAGGAAUUCCUGUCAUUUGAAAAAUACGAGAAAGCUCUUAUCGGACUGAGGGUCAGGAUUGAUAAUGAUAAGAAUAUCAAGACAUUGUCCGUUCAAUGAUAUCAACAAGUAAUUUUCAAGAAGCUUAAAGUCUAUGAGGCUAAAGACUUAUUAUCUGAAGAUCAGAAUUUAUCCAAAGAUAUCAAAUUUCAGUACUUAAAGUCUAUUGAGGAUCCAAAGCAAGAAGAGGGAAAAACUUGUAGUCAAGAUCAAGAAAAUAUAUAUCAGUUAGAGAAUCUAAGAGCAAAGUAUCUUAAAGAGCAAAACAAACUCUGAGGUAAUAGAGUUCUCGAGCUUGACCUAAGUCGUAGCCAAGACGUUGACUUCAUGAAGGAAUGCAUUAACAAAAAUAUAAAGCUCCCAAAAAUACAAGCAUUCGGUUUCGCGGAUAUAAACCAGGAGAGUGAAAUAUUCAGACAAUAUGUUGAAGAAUGCUUUCUCGAUAAUGUAUUUAUUGAACUACAUGUUCAAGUAGAUGAUUUCACUCAUUUCUCUGAUUAUUCAAGUAGUUUCAAGAAGCUUUUACACUGUUCACCAAAGAUACUCUCUCUGACAAGAUUUAUCGUCUCACACAAAGACUUGAAAGCUAUUAAAGAUACUGACCCUAAGAAUAAGCGUGUCUUCUGUAUGACAGACUGCUUGAUAAUUUCGAAUGAUGGAAAGAAGCUGUCAAUGGUCAAAGGUGAGACGAAGAAAGAGUAUAAUAUCAGAGGGAUAUUAUACACUCCUGAGGAAUUGUAUAAGAUAUCCAGAAUUAUCAGCCCUGAGUAAUAUUUAACUGAACUUCAACAUUA